UUUACACCGUUGACCAGCGCACUGCAGGCGGAAACUCAACGACUCUGCUGUCUGUGGAUGUAAUUUCCUUUAUUUGUGCUGAUAAGUUUGUCUUACCCCUCAGUGACAAUGCCGUUGAGCGCGCUGCACCGCGGCGGCAGCAGCAGCAUGGGCGGCCAGGGGUCCCUGAGCCCCGCAUCGCUGUCCCGCAGCCUGUCCCGUCUAAGGGAGUACCGGACCCGGACCAGGAUCAUGCUGGCACUAGGAGUCUCUCAGAUGGUCCUGGGGAGUCUCAUCCUGGCCGUCAGCUUCGCGGCUCUGGCUCUCACCACCUCCCCCAGAGUCCGGCACUCGUGUCCCUUCUGGGCAGGUUUCUCUGUGCUGCUCUCCGGGCUGAUCGGAGUGGUGUCAUGGAAGAGGCCGCUCUCUCUCGUGAUCACAUUCUUCAUGCUGCUGUCUGCUGUGUGUGUGAUGCUCAACCUGGCGGGCUCCAUCCUCUCCUGCCAGAACGCUCAGCUGGUCAACUCUCUGGAGGACUGUCAGCUGCUCAAGUUUGAUAGCGAUGGAGUGUGUGUGUGCUGCGAGCUGCAGCAACAGAGUUUGAGCUGCAACAACCUGGGAGAGACGCUGAAGCUGAACCCACUGAGGGACUGCAACACCAUACGCCUUCGCCUCAAGGAGCUGUUGUUCAGUGUGUGUGCCCUGAACGUCAUCUCCACCAUUGUGUGUGCUCUAGCCACUGCCAUGUGCUGUAUGCAGAUGGUCUCCACUGAUUUGCUGCAGAUGUUUAUGCCGCACAGAGCGCGGGCCCUUAAUGCUGACUGUAUGACUCCCCAUGGAACCAUCCUCCACCAAACACUGGACUUUGAUGAGUUUAUUCCUCCCAUUCCUCCACCACCAUACUACCCUCCAGAGUACACCUGCACCCCCUCCAUGGAUGGACAGAGAGGCCUGCAUUUGGACUUUCCCCAUUCUCCCUUCAGUGCUAUUUAUGGGGUGCCCAUCAACAGCCCAGGGACUCUGUACCCAACAGACCUGCCUCCUCCAUAUGAGUCUGUGGUGGGGCAGACCCCUGCCAGCCAGGUCACCACUAGCAUUGAGCAGCAGGCCACUGGAUCCAGUCUGUGUGAGAGAAACACCACUGCAGGAUUCAGCACUCAGGCCUCGGUGGACAGUGCAUCACUAAUGGUGUCCGAGGUGGCAGAUCAGGACCAGACUUGCUCCUCAGAGGACUUGUGCUCCCUGGAGGUCCAGGGCUCUGACUCAUCUCCCUAUGGCAUACUCCAUACUGCCCCCAUGGAGGGAAGUUGCACCAGCCUGGAACUUUGUACACGUGACCGUCGUGGCCUGUCUAACACUGACGCUCGGCCCAGUGAUACAGGAUAUAGUGAGUCAUCACAUACCCAUUCUCUUGAGCGCUCCCCAGACUGGUCCUCAGAAAACUAUAGCAAUCUAGAUCAGGAGGACAACACACAUCCAUGUGAGGAACUCCGGUCUGCAAUGCACAUAUGCGAUGAGCUUGCAUCAGCCAAACAUUUACCAGAGGAGCCACCGAAAGCGUCAACACACUCCCUUAUUAAGGCACGAAUGAUGAGCCGGAAGCUCACACUCCCCGUCACUCUCCCACAGCCACCGCAGCCUUGCUCCCCCACUUCUGUGGCCUCCUCUGGUGGAACUUCAGCCAUCAGUCCUAUGGCUCCUUCUCUUUCCCCCUCCCCUCCUAGCAGGCCACGAAGCCACCGCCUGUGUUUCAGUGUUUGGUCAUCCUCCACAUCCCAGCCUCCCUCUACCUCAGCCCAAAGUGGUUCCUCGCCCUCAGACAGGCCUCGGGGGCUCCGAGCAGCCAGGCGGUACCGAAAACUGGCACGCAUAGUCCGCUCCACCAGUGACCCCAUCUCCUGCUCCUCUACAACAGGAAGUUGCACCUCUGCAAAUAACCCUGAAGCUGAAGAUUUAACUCACACACCACCAGAGCAAGAGCCAACAGACGUUACAACAGGCGUAGUUGGAGUUAAACCCAGUCACUUAAGUGUGAGGAAGCAACAAAAGGAUGGCAAGAAAGUUGACGUCCCCCUUAAACCCCGUGCUCUUCACACACACUCCUCCCAUGAACGCCCACACUCCCUGGCUGACUUUAAGAUGUAUAAAGACACCAAAGUACUGGUGGCCAAGUUCCUGGAGCACUCAAGCUGCAGUCUACCUCCUGAAGUCCAGCAGGUUGUCAACAACAUCAAGUGUGUCAUCAAGUCAGAUGAAAAACACAUGGAGGAGGCCAUUUAUAGUGCCAACGUCAUAGAUCAGGUGAUGACCCAGCGCAUCAUUGGCAGUCCCAGGAAGCGCGGUCAUGAGGAUCUUCACCUUCAGAGCUGUGGUGCUUUGAGUUCGUCCCCUUCGAUGCGCCGUCCUAAACAUCUCCCACAAACAACCAGUGCCUCCACCAAUCCACUGGACUCCUCUGAACAAAGCCUUGAGUGCAAAGAAACUAUUCUCUGACCACUCUACCAACAAGGACGAUCAAAACUCUGAGGGCAUUUCUGAGUGCUGGUGUUGCAGCCACGCUUUGCUGUGCAGCCGAUGUCUGUAGAGUAAUGAACAACUCUUCCUGCAGUGAAAGAUCAUUUAUUUUCUUGUGUGACUGCAGCACAGGCCAACUGAAAUGGUCUCAUAAUGUAUCUCCUCGUGCCCUGUGAGACCGUACCAAGUCAUCUGCAGAAAUGGUAGCAAACUCAGACUGAGCCUGCCAGUAUCUGUAGUGGCUUCUUUCUCAUCAGAAAAACAAAAGAAUGUUUCUCCCUCAGGGGAUCUUUUCUACAGAGUUUCAUCUCAAAAAGAAUUUCAAAAACAAACAAACAAACAACAAACACACAGCUGGAAAGUGUGUAUCUGUGACUCAAAGAAAAGGGAGAUUGUGUUUUCAGUAUUCCUCUUGUCCUCAUAAGAAACAGAAAGAAAUAUGUUUGUAAUAAACUGAACUGAAUGGACUGGGCAUUUCUAGCCAUUUCUUUGCAGGCUUUGUGGAACUGUUUCUGAUAGGGUGGUGAAUAUGUGUGGUGCAGCUGGUUAGAAAACAUCACAGAUUGUGAAUUAUUUAACUUACCUCAUUGUGUUACAAUUCUUAUCAGUGUUACAAUAAAAUAUGAGUUUGUAUCUUGCGGUUCCUGUUCUUAUUUCAAUUAACAUUUUGUAUCAUUUGGAUUCUGUUUGUCAGACUGUAUG